CCAUUGCUUUAUUAAAUAAUUUUUGAUUUGUUAAAAAGUUUUUGGCGAAAUCAUCUCUGUAAUUAUUUGCUGGCUGUGAAAAAAUACUUGUAUAUUUAAGAACCAAAAUGAAGUUGGUACAAUUUAUGUUGUGCACUGGCAAAAUUCAUUUGGGAGUUUUAGAAGGCAAAGAAAUUAUCGAUUUGAAUUCGCACUUCCACUGGGUACCGAUUGAUUUGGUUCGAUUUUUGCACGAACACGAACAUGCCUACGAGAAACUGAAAGAGGUGGCAGCAGAUCCAUUAAACAAACGGAUCCCAUUGAACAAAGUCCAUUUGUUGCCGCCUAUAAAAAGACCCGAUAAGAUUUUGGGUAUCGGACUGAAUUACACUGAUUUUUGCCGAGAAAACAAAAUCCCUCCUCCACCGGAACCGAUUGUAUUCAGCAAGUUUGCCUCGACCAUUAUCGGCCCUUAUGACAAAAUCAAACAUCCUGCUUGCAGCAAGGCAGUUGAUUGGGAAGUUGAAUUAGUUGUUGUAAUAGGAAAAGUAGCAAGAAACGUCAAAGCCAAAGAUGCUUUUGAUUACGUUUUUGGAUAUACAGCAACUCAAGAUUUAACAGCAAAAGAUUGGGUGCAUCAAAAUGGUGGUCAAUAUUUGCUGGCUAAAAAUAUGGAUCAUUUUUGUCCCAUAGGCCCAGCAAUAGUGACCAAAGAGGAAAUUCUGGAUCCACAUAAUGUCAACAUUAAAACUUGGGUCAAUGAUGCCCUAAAACAAAACGGAAAUACCAAAAAUAUGAUUUUUAAAAUUGAUCAAUUGAUUGAAUAUUUGUCCAGUGUAAUUACUCUUUUGCCGGGUGAUUUAAUUUGUACCGGCACUCCAGCUGGAGUGGGUUCUACCAGAAACCCACCCGAAUACCUUAAGCCUGGAGAUGUUUUGAAAAGCGAAGUUGAAGGAGUUGGAAUCCUUGAAAACCUAGUUACCGAGUACAAGGAUUACAACAAAUUAUUGUAAUUAAUAUGUUAAAUAGUCAUUAAAAGGGUGUUUGUUUGUUAGAAACGAGAUAACAGGGUCUAAUAAACGUUUAAGGAUGAUAA